AUGAAAUUUGCCAAUAUAAUAUCGAUCACCUCCUUUUUCUUCUUUUCUGUCAUAAGUGCACAAGAACAACAGUGUGAAGGUGUAGAGAUUUUGUAUCCCAAAACGGACUCUAUUAUUGAACGUUCUCAAGACGGAUCUUCCACUUACUUGCUUCUUGGUAACACUGGAAGUACUGAAUCGUCCCUUUUGAAGGUCUCUUUGGUACAUGCGGAAGACCAAGGCGAUAUUGAGGAAGAAGUCUGGACAGGUUCAGACAAAUUACUAAGAGUAUCGGCAGUUCAACAUGACUUGACCAAAAUCGAUAGCAAGAGCUUACCAAACACUUUUUGGUUUAGGGUACUCGUCAAUCAACAUGAUGUCCAAUAUGAUACCGUAGAUGUACUUCCUGUUGCUUUCUUGACAACUUCCUUCGGUGUAAGCGGUAAACCACAAAUUGAUCUUGCCAAUGUAAAUGUCGAGACUGAUAGUGCAUUCUCUGGUACUGCAUUGGCCGACUGUCGAAAGGUUGCUUCUGAUAUCAAAGGUGAUACCAGUUUUGAAACAAAAUCUCAGACGAUUAAAUUUGUUGAAACAGUAUGGAGUCUCUUUUUGGGUGGUGAUUCGGGUAUUCGUCCUUUUGAUGACGCCGUUUUGGACGGUGUCAAUCUUCAUAUUCAAGAGAGUAGAACUUCUUACUAUGCCAAUUUUCUCGAAGCAUUGGACCUUUUUGUCGAGGAUGAUGAGAGAAAGUACUGUGUUAUUGCUGCUCCUCACUGCACAUACCCUGAUCCUCUUUUGCAAAGCACCCUCAACACUUAUCCCUUUGGUGCUGUCUAUGUUCAAUUCUACGAUAGACCUUGUGGGCUUCAAAACUUUGGUACUUGGAAUAUCUGGGCCCACACAGUCUCCCCUAACCCAGAUGUCAAAAUUGCAGAGAAAAUGUGUGAACGCUUCCCUAGCUUUGGUGGUGUGUUGCUUUGGGUAGAAUGGAACAUACGAUGA